AUGGAUUCCCCAGAGGGCGAGUUUGACGGCAACGAUUUUGCCAACAACCUCUUCAGCGAUCUCGCCCCCCUCCUGACGCUUUUCGGGGAGCAAGUCACAAAACAGUUCCUGUCCAUGAGUGUGGGAUGGGCCGACAACGUACUCUUGGCAAUGGGCCCCCUGGGUAUCUUGACCAUUGUUGUGAGCGCCAUUCGUGUAGCGGGUGAGACCGUACCAAACCUCAAGGCGCUCAUUGGCAGAGCAAGGGAGGACAGGGCCAGCGUUGAAGUUGAGUUACUCUCUUCAACAUCUAGGGAGGUUUGCGAAACUGUGGACAGGAACCCAAAUCGUUCGAGUACGCGGACAACCCCUCAUAUCUCAGCCGUUCAUCAUGACCGACACGGCUUGUUGGCAAAAGUGCCGCCCAACCUUGGCUUGAAUAUUAGCGGUGCUAUCCCUUCGAACCGUGAAAUGUGGAUGUGGGCUGCUCUGGGAACUGUCCUGCAACUAGCCUCGCUGGUUGUGAGCGGGACUGUCACUUAUCGUUGGAACUUGGCCCAGGUCGAAGUUCCCACCACCACAUACGGAUAUCCCUGCUAUCUUCUGGGCACUCUGCUUUUGACUCUCGGGGUUCUCCUGUGCGGACAUAUAGUUGAGACUGUCAGUAAAGAAAGGACUUUCAGAUGUAAGGCAAAAAUGCGAAAGAGAGUGCGCAUUUUUCGCAUUCAACUGGCCGCCACCGUAAACGACCAGCACUUUGACAGUUAUCUUAUCUUCAACUCCCCCGAGAAUCCUGACGUCUAUGCACCAUUCUAUCAGGGCAUGAAGAAGAAUACUCGGUAUGUUCAUUACCCUCCAGCCCGAAUACCGCUGUUUUCUAACAUCAAUAUUUGCGAGAUAUUAUGCAAUUGCAGGAUCAGCGCUGUCAUUCAUGGGCUUUGUCACACAAUAACGUACUUUAUAAGCGAGUCGGUCAUAUAA